UGACGUCAACAUGAGCAGUGGUGUCGAGCCAGUGAGGGGCAGGUAAACAAACCUGUCCGCGACUAGGACGGCGAGCCAAACAAAGCGAAUUACCCGUAUGACAGUGGUGUUUUUUUUUUACAUUAAUGGCGAUGUCGGAGACGUACGAAAGGCUUAUUAUACGUCUGUUGUGCCGCGGCUUCAAUGGAAUCAAAGACAAUGUGUUGCCUGGGAGAAGCGACUAAGAAAGACGGAAGCGACGCGUUGUCUGCAAGCAGCUGUCGACACUGACGCAGGAUGCACUGCAGCACUUUUGGCAAAAUGGAUGUUUACUGCCUCGUUCUCCGAGUGGAGCCUCCGAUUCUCCGUUUCAGACCGAGCGUGAGUUAAAUCUCGUCCUCAAAUGACCGCCACCGAACUGCAACAUGGGGCCCAUCAUACAGGAGCGCGCAGCAUCCACGACGCUGGAACACGUCGUUUGCAAGGAGAAGGUCCGAGUGAAAAACACUGAAAAUAGCGGACCUAACACCAGUUUGAAGAAAGGCAAGCAGAUGAAGAAAGCAGCGGGCCAAGGGAAGAGUGGCCAGCCAGGCCCGAGUCAGGAUCAAAACAACGUGGGAGCAGUGCAGAAGGGUUCACAGACGAGGAGUUCCAGGUUGAAAGCUGGCACCUCUCGGAAUACAAGCAAAUUAUCCAGCCCAGCAGAGGAGCGAAAUGUCCGUCAUGUGAACGUGCUCCGACACGAGGAGAGGAGGACGUCCCAGUGCAGCACUCCGCUACAGCAGAAUCAUCACCGGGGGAUGGGUAAAAAUCGCCACGCUCUCUCUCUCCCGCUGGCCCCUAUAUCAGGACUACGACACACGCCGGAGCACCCGUUGACGCAUUCCCCCACCCCUAUCCUCGAGGCCCUUCACGACCCCUACAAGGUUGACGACAGCGACAGUGCCAGUGACCUGUCCGACUCGGAGAGGCUGCCCGUGCUGCCGUCGCCGUGCACUCCGUGCACACCGCCUCAUUUGAACCUCAGAGCGGAAGUCAUCAGCUGUAACGACUUUCCACCGGACAUCCCAGGACCACAUGGGGACUGCGGCGGCGGCGAAGACAAGAACGAGAGUGAGACACCUGCCCACUCUUACCCAGACUUUCUGCCGCCACCCUUCAACACCUGGAGCCUUAGACAGCUUGCGGUGUUUCUUCACACAGAGGGUCGUGGUGCUCCCAGGCCCAAGCCGGUGAGGCCUUUGGAGAGGUUCCUGGAGAGACUACUGCAGCUGGAGUGGCUCCAGAUCCAAACAGUGCAGACAGAAGUCAGCCGUCCGCCUGGGAGACCGCAGGUCACGGCAGGUCACUCACCCAGACCUCACACAGCUCCAUCAUCACGACUGAAUUCCCCAAAGGGGCCGCGACAGAGCCAGCGAGCCUUCCCGUGCAUCAUCAAUCCACCAUCGCCUGCCUCUGCUGCCACCCAACACCAGCCCUCCCGCCUCCCGGUGUGCCCACACUGUCACCUUCGCUAUCCGCUGUGUAACGGGAGUUGUUCAGCCUAUGCCUACCAGCGCCACUCACGUCUCAGCCCACUGCUAGAGCGUAGAACCCGACCGGGUGCACCCAUGAAGAGAAGUUGCAGUGAGACGCAAGAAGCUACCAAAGAAGGUAGGGGCCAAGGAGCACAAGGCGGAGGCGGGGUGCAGUUUCCUCUGAGCCCCUCAGUUGGAAGGCGCCAUCUCAGGCACAUGCAGGCAGUAGGCAACGCCAGAAAGCAAGCGCAGGAAUCUGCAACAACCCCAAAUGGUAAAAGUCAUAUGAAGAAGAGCCGAGUCAGAGCUAACUCUGUGACCGAUGUUAAAAAGGACCAGAGUGCGGUCAAAGCAGUCGGAGCAGACAAACGGGUUCUUGGGUCUAGUAAGAAAGAGGCCAAGAAAUCAGAGAAGGAGGCAGGAGAUCAGCCGUCAAAGCCCACCGUGAAAAAAUCUGCUAAAGAACCACAGUCUAUCUCCAAGGCUCCACCCAAUGGUGGCAAAACAAAAAACGUCCAAUCUGCUGCUAAGUAACGCUUCUAGGCCUGUAGUGCUUUACUCCCGUGGUCACCUGGCAUGCUAGCUUCAACCUAAGCUCGCUUUCUGUGUAAUACUAACAUGUUAUAAUGUUAUGUCGCAGUCAUGUAACAAUAUAACCAUCAGGACCUUUAAAGCACAUGACAUGAAACAGUAAUUUAAGAUCACAAUGUUGCACUGUAGGCUAAAUGGAAGUUAUUAUGUAUUGCCUCCAAAAUCUGAAUACUCAGCUUCAUGCAAUUGGACCCAAACUGCACAGCGUAGCCAUUUCUUGUUAUGCUAAUAAUGUUGAAAAUGAAAUGGGCAUCUAGUGGCCAGCUUUCAGAAUAAGUUCCAUCGUGAAGGUUACCAGCAACUGAUAUAUUUUCAUUACUAAAUAUGAUAAUAGACAUCCAUUACCAGUGGAGAUCUUAAUGUAGAAAUGUUUUUGUUUUCAUUGCUUUAUUGUUCUAUUUAUUAUUAUUUAUUGCUUCAGUUUGCUCUUUGAUGCCUCAUUUUUAAGACGUGUUAUUUGUGUUCAUUGCAACUUUGUCUGAGAAGCGGGUUUAUGAAGAAAUGGCAACAUGCUGCAGGAAAGAAUGCAAUAGUUUUACAUUUUUGUUGAAAAGGGCUUUUUGUGUAUUAACCCGCUUGGAUUGUUUGUCUUUGAAAAAUAUGAAAUAUAUUUUGCAUAGAGCUGAGCUCUGUCGAAUUUAAAGACGUUGUAAUGUUUGCUAUGAAUGUAAAUGCAUAUUUUUCCAAAUUUUAUACACCAUAGUUCUAUUUAUGUAUGUGUUUGUUGUGGUUGACCUGUAUUUAUUAUUGUCAUCAUUAUGUUUACAUUGUCAUACUUAUGAGAGAAACAUUUAGUAAAAGACAUAACAAAACCGUAUGUCUACUGUGCUGAAUAAUUGUGA